AUGGCGCUUUCACCGCAAACAGCGCGUAAGCGGACGUGCUGGGGGGCAAAGGCUGCGCGGCCUUUAACCCCCGCCGAGGCGCUUAGACUGAAGGGCUUCGAAGGUGAAGAUGAUGGCAAUGGUCUGCGGAGGCUGCAGCGCACUCCUCGAGUCUUCCACCGAUCGAACGACAUUCGACACACCAAGCGGAACGAGCUCCGAGCAAACUUGCUCCCAUGCAUCCUCCAGGUCGACAGGGCCCCCUCAGAGGGAGUUUGUCUGGCAUCAGAUGCCGUGGAGGAGCAUUCUGAGAAGUACAAGCACUACAAAAGAAUUCUGAGUGGAAGAAGCGAAAGUGAAAAUGAGACUCAAGUUUUCGUGGAGAAGGAGGCUUUCCCGCCAGGUUGGGAUCCUUCAUGGCAGGCUGUGGAGGCUUGCCAGGGAUUGCGAGACCUAGUCCAGGACAGGUCACUGCGAUACCGAAGGCCAGUCGAGGAAAUGGUGAACGUAAACAGCGACCUUCCUUUCCGACACGAGGACGCACCAGUUGAUCUGGAAGAGCUCACAAACUCUUUGACGAUCGAGUUCCAGAACCUCGAGAAUUCCUGGAAGGGCACGAAGCAGGCAUUCACGAGUCUUCAAAUUGCUUCACGUGUGCCUUUGCUAGUCAAAGACCCUGGUGGCAUGGUCUUGGAGACAAAGUCCCUCCCGAAUGAUGUCCACACUCUCCGCCUGGACCUCAACCCUGGAGAAGUCCGACACAUCGCCUGCAACAUGAAGAGCCGGCACUUCAAAGGCGCCGAACAUAAUAUGUAUCUAUCUACGUACAUAUAUAUAUAUAUAUAA